AUAACACUCAAAUUGCAUUGAUGUCUACAAUGCAUUGAUGUUUACAUUUAAAUACCAAAGUAACUUAACUAAGUAUUGAAAAUAGUUUUUGAACGUUUAUAAUUAUGCCGUUUUAAAUAUUUAAUCGGCUGUAAUCUUUCAGUCGAUUAUUGUAUUAACAAUAUGAACGGAUAUAAACACUCACGAACGGAUGACAGUAUACAUGGGUCAGGGCACCACCCUUCAUGCAUCUCAGCAGACUGACGACCUUAGUCAUGUGAUGUUCAUCUUUCAGCUCUUUCAGAGCGGCUUGAUAUUCACGGCCCUCAUGGCCGGCGCCAUCUGUGUCGGUCAUCUAGUCUUAAUGCGGAAGUACUGCCGAAAUACCACGACGCUGGUCGCAGUGGUGCUCUCUGGAUUUUUCCAUCUGAUCGCAAGCGUGCGCAUGUUGACAAUUGCUGAAAAUUACAUGAAAAGACGCGUACAACAGGGACCUCCGAGCGUCGACUCGUGCUUGGAUUACUCGAUGACGGAGGCGUUUGCCAACGGGGUUGUGCUCGUGUUAAUCGUGCAUAAUGUUUUUGUUCAGAACUUUAAACGGUCGAUGUCUUCGUGUCUAGCAUACGCAGGCACACUUGGUUGCAUCAUCACAGGAAGUUUUUCCGUAAUCAAGAUUGUGCCGCAAAAUAGCCCACUUCCAGUUACACAACAUUCGCUUGAGACGCUUGGGACAUAUGGAAGUCAGCACUUUACCGUAUUCUUGUUCGUGUGUCAGAAAAACGUUUACGAGGAAAGAUGGGCUAUUCUGGUGGAAUAUUUAGUGAUAUACCUACCCGUCAUGUUCACCGUGCUGGUUGCUCUUUGCAGGAACAGGACAAAACAAACGGCCGGAUACUCUCUGCUCGACAUCACACUGCUUGAAAGAGACACAAUGCAAUCUACGCCAUUUUUACAAUCAGAAAUACAGAGACAUGCAACUAGUCGAAAAUUCAAAAGUAAAAGCCUUACUGAGGUGUUUAUUUGUCCAACAUAGUGACUGAAUGUGUUUUAAUCGACAUGGUUGCCGUUCUUUUAUACAUUACUAUUGUCUUACUCAUAGUACGGCCAGGAUACAUUCUGUAUGCGCAAGCAACUUCGGGUUACUUCUUGGACAUAUUGCCAAGUUUGUUGUUACAGACAGUAAUUUUCACUUUUAUUUGCUCUGAAUAUAUUGGAAAGGUUCUUAUUCGAUCAUAAUAUUGCAAUAAUGAGGUGAAAUCAAACGGCUAUUGUAACUGUAAACAUAAGGGCAAGCCUCUUAUGCAGGUAUGAUAAGCUGUAAAUUUCUGUAGACAGGUUCUUUAGAGAUGUGUUGUUUAAAUGUAAAGACGCACUUGCUUUGAAUGGGAAAUCCAUUAUUAUGUUUCCACAAAACUGUGAUACUACGCUCAAAUAUGUUUGUAGCGCUUUUGUAACUGGGUAAAAAAAGCACGAAAGGAAUCAUAUUGACGGAAUUAAAGUCGAAAUAUUCUCAAAUACUUACACUUGGUGUCAUCUUCGUUCAUUUUAUAAAAUGUUACUUAUGGCAUGAAACAACAUAUUUAUAUAUAUUUAUAUAUAUUUAAAUUGAUAAAAUGAUAUAUACGUUUCGUGAUUAGUAGGUAAAGAAGGCUGUGAUAAUUGAAUAAUAUUCAAUUGAAAUAGUGUUUAAAUUUCGAUUUUGUUUUAUGUGUACAUUUGAAUUUGUAGUAAAAGAAUAAGGUCACUGUAUUUAGAUAAACUGUUAUAACAACGAUCGUGCAUGCAUAUUUUGAAUCAUGUUUAUGCGUUAUUCAUAUUAUUUAUAUGUGUUGAGUCAUUUCUAUUCCCUGAUAUGUAUCAUUUGAGAACAAUGUUUGAGGUAAAUCGCAUUAAGAUUAUAUGUUUACUCCUUGUAGGCUAUUGUCCACUACAUAAUUUCCCUAUAGAAAAGUGUUCCAUAGUUAAUUGACCGAUUUACACGCGAAAUAACAUUGACGUCUAUAUUACUAGACCGUCAACUACGUAUAGAGGAUGAAAGUCUAACAUGUGGACCAAACAUUAAACGGCAUUAAAACAAUCCUUAAAAUUGGCAGAACGCAGACACUAUGUACUGAAUAUAGUAAAAUAAUGAGGCAACAUGACAACUACUGGCACGGUAAGUAUUUUAUACACGACAUUGUACUAUCAGACGAUUUGAAAAAAAAACAACAGUUCUUGAGUACAUUUUCGGUUUGCAUUUUAAAGGAAGCUCUGAACUACCGCACGUACUUAUUGUGCAUAUAUCAUUGACUAGACUAUUUAAUUGCAAUACAAGGUCUCUUCCCUUUUAAGAUUGAGCAUGAUUU